GAUGAAAAACAUCGACUGUCGCUGUCGCGUUGACAUUUUCUGAGGAAAAUUUUGCCUUUUCAUUUUGUGCUUCGCUUUUUGUUGCAUUUUCCACGUCCUCCAGUGAAAUAUGUGUGUUAUUUUAGUGGUAAAUCCUGUGAGAGAACUGUACUGAAGCCAGUGACAAACGUUUCAAGUGAUUUCGUGCAGGCAGGAAGGCGGAAAAGGGUGUGUGAAAAUUGUGGGCUGAUUCUACUUGUGGGAGCGAAAUUUCACAGUUUAAUUGGAGCAGUUUUUGUGAGGAACAAAUUUUUUUUUUGGCUGGGAAAAAAAUGGAGCGAGAGGGCCUUUCCAAUAACCAGAUGGAGAUGGUGUUGCAGUUUCAGGAUUUCACGGGGAUUGAGGACAUCAGUGUCUGUCGGGAUGUCCUCACACGUCACAUGUGGGACCUGGAGGUUGCUAUUCAGGAGCAACUGAAUAUUCGCGAAGGUCGUCCUUCGGUGUACGCAACAGAAUCCCGACCGCCUCAGGUGAUAAAUGACAGGUACUUGCAGCAUGUCUUCUCGUCCGCCUCCAGCUCAAACAGCCCACCGUCCGGUUUCACGGGCCUCAUCAGCUAUUUCAUCAACAACGUGUUCAGUUUCUGCUACAAUACAGUGUCCUCCCUGGUUAUGGCAUUCCUCAAUCUCUUCAAGAGCAACGAGCGUAUCGUUACAGAUCCCCUUCGGGAUGUACUCAGUUUUAUCGAUGUCUACAAGGAAAAGUAUCCCGUCCAUCCAGUCUUCUACCAUGGCACCUACGCUCAAGCACUCAAUGAUGCCAAGCGAGAGCUAAAAUUCCUCUUGGUCUACCUACAUUCCGAGGGCAAGUCCGAGGCAGAUAGUUUCUGUCGAAAUGCCUUGUCUGAUUCUCAGGUCAUUGCCUACAUAAAUCGCAAUAUGCUCUUCUGGGCCUGCGAUAUUGCCUCACCGGAAGGCUAUCGUGUCUCACACUCUAUCAAUGCCCGAACCUAUCCAAUAAUGGUGGUGGUAGGAAUGAGGUGGAACAAGAUGAUUAUUAUGGGACGCAUGGAGGGAGACUGUAGUGCAGAGGAGCUCCUACGACGCCUUCAGACUGUUGUUACGGAUAAUGAGGUGUACUUGAGUCAAGCGAGGGCGGAUCGAUUGGAACGGAGUCUGACACAGUCACUGCGGAAGCAGCAGGAUGAAGCAUACGAGCAAUCCCUGAAGGCGGAUCAAGAGAAGGAGCGACGGAAGCAGGAGGAGAAAGAAGAGCAACUGAGGCGACAACAAGCCAUCGAGGCUGAGAAGCAGGCUGAAGUGGAGCGCAAAAAUAAUAUUGCCCGCCUGAAAAUUGAUAUGGCUUCAGAAGUGCCUUCAGAACCUCCAGCUGAUGCUCCUGGUACUACGAGUGUGGUCUUCAAGCUACCAAGUGGAGCUCGAAUAGAGAGGAGAUUCUACCGAGCAGAUUCCAUUAAGGAUGUCUACAACUUUAUUUUCUGCCAUCCUGCGUCUCCGGAUCGUUUCGAGAUCACCACAAAUUUCCCGAAGCGUGUCUUGUACUCUGAAGCCAAAGGGACAGACUCCAAUGCCACAAUCUCGGACGCUGGACUGCAGAAUCGUGAGGUGCUCUUUGUCAAUGACUUGGAUGCUUAGAAUGGAGAUGAUCCUCCGUGCUGGACAAUGCGAGAAGGACAACAAAAUCAAACGAAUUAACCUCUUGGAAGAGAUUCAAAGGAGAGCAGGAAUUUUGUGUGAGCACAUCACAAAGCAAAAUGGACGAGAUAUAAUGCAAAAAAUAGAAUGUCUUUUUCUUUUCUUUGAUAAUGGAGAAGCGAUUGUGUUUCUAUGUGAUACAAAAUAAAAAAAAUGAAUAAAAAAAACUAUGUAAAAAAAUCCUAAAUACGGAAACUCUUUAAAGAUCACAGUUGAGAGCAAAAGCAUAGUUUGUACUUAAGAAUAAGUUUUAAUCGAUAAAUACAAAAUGAAUUUUGGUGUACAUUUAA